UUGCAGAGUCGACGCUUUGCCUGCCAUACGACGCAUUACUCUUGCCUAUCGAAGCCCCAUCUGCACGCACAGUACCGCGCAAAGGAACUCCAACUGAACGACAUUGUCGCAUUAGGGUUUUGCCAUAGCUUCGAUGCUUCAGUUCGGCGAUGGCCCGUCCCGUCGCCUUGCGCAGGGCGACCUCUGCAAUGGGUGGGGCUCGGGAGCUCUCCGUUGCAUACGAUACUUCACGUGCAGUAUUAGUCAUACUUGAGCAGUAGUUAUCCGCCCUUGUUUUUGGUCGAUGGGUUCUGCAGCUACGAGUUCUUUUGGGGAGACUAUGUUGCGCCUCCGUUUUGUUAUGUGUUUGUGAGGGAAGAUGUGCAGCAUGAAGCUAGCUCUUAUUGGCUAGAAUCGCUGUGGCAUAGUAUUGUGCAUUACAAUGUGUACUUUAAGAACAGGGGGUAGCUCUGCAAUAGGUUUUGAGAAAAAUUCAUACAUCUGUUAGGAACCCUGUAAAUUGUCGUCACUUGUGAUUUUAGGCUUGGAGUUGGUGUAUGUUUUGAUAGCUAUGGAAAUCCAAGAUUCUGUUGCAGCUGCUUGCCAUGCUGACCGACAGCGCCUGCUUGAGGUCUUUCGAGUUGCCAUCGCCAAGCCUUUGCCUGCAUCUCAGACUGCAGUUGCUACCAUGGUUGAAGCCGUGAAACCCCAAAAGCAGACUGUUCUAGUACAGGACGAGAACCAGCUCUUGGAGAAUGGCUUGAGAACCCUUCUUGAAGAGCUUGUCGGUGCAGCAGUUGCAAAUGGCAAGUCGGUCAUGCAAUAUGGUCGAGCAGAGGGUCCCGAAGAUGAUGGGAAUGGUCUUCUCACAAGACUUCUUGACAUUGUCUUGUACUUGUGUGAGAAAGGCAAUGUCGAAGGGGGCAUGAUUUUCCAAUUACUUGAGGAUCUAACAGAGGUUUCCACUAUUAAGGAUUGUAAGGAAGUUUUUGGAUACAUAGAGGGGAAGCAAGAGACUCUUGGAAAGUCGGAGCUUUUCAGUAGGGGCAAGCUUGUUAUGUUACGGACUUGCAACCAGCUCCUUCGCCGGUUGUCCAAGACAAAUGAUGUCGUCUUUUGUGGCAGGAUCUUAAUGUUUCUGGCUCAUUUUUUCCCCCUCUCUGAGAGAUCGGCCGUGAACAUUAAAGGAGUAUUUAACACCUCGAAUGAAACCAAGUACGAGAAAGAGCCGCCUGGGGAUAGUCCAGCCAUUGAUUUUACGUUCUACAAAACCUUCUGGAGCCUUCAAGAAUACUUCUCCAACCCUACUACCCUAACUCACCCCUCAAAGUGGCAGACCUUUUCUUCAAAUUUAGGAAUAGUGCUGGAGACCUUUGAAAUGCAGCCUAUAGGUGAGGAAGACGAAAGCUUAAGUCUAGAUGGCGAUGAUGACUCAACAUUCAACAUUAAGUACCUUACGAGCAGUAAUCUCAUGAGCUUGGAACUGAAGGACCCUGGUUUCCGUAGGCAUGUCUUAGUUCAGUGUCUAAUUAUAUUUGAUUACAUGAAGACUCCUGGAAAGGCAGAGAAAGAUGGGCCACGGGAGGGUGUUCGUGAGGAGCUCAAGGUGCAUGAAGAUCGUGUGAAGAAGCUGCUGAGGACAACUCCUCCGAAGGGAAGAGAGUUUCUUGCUUCCAUUGAGCACAUUCUUGAGCGCGACAAAAAUUGGGUCUGGUGGAAGCGUGAUGGGUGUAUUCCGUUCGAGCGUUUUGUGCAGGAGAAGAAAAUACCUUCAGACCCUCCAAAGAGAAGACCUAGAUGGCGACUUGGAAAUAGAGAGCUUUCUCGCCUUUGGAAGUGGUCUGAUGAUAAUCCCAACGCCAUUACUCAUGCCAAAAGAGUCAAAAUGCCUCCCUUGGCCGAGUACUUCAAGCCUCUUGCUGAAGAUAUGGACCCUGAAGCAGGAAUAGAGGAAGAGUACCAUCACAAGAAUAACAAGGUCUACUGCUGGAAGGGCCUUAGAUUUGCUGCAAGACAAGAUCUCGAUGCAUUGUCAAGGUACUCGGACAUGAAAAUCAUGGGUGUCGUACCUCCAGAUCUCCUCACCCCUGAGGUGCGGAGUUCACUUUACAAGCCUACAGACCGACCUAAGGCAAAGGGGGUGAAAAAAGAUGAAGAAUACACUCCCAAUCUUACUCAGACGGAGGAUGCAUCAGGAAGUGCACCCACCAGUGUGAGCUUGAUGGAGUUGGAUGCCACGACGCUUGCUCGAGAUCCAGAGGAAGCUACUGCUAUGGACGCAGAUGGUCCGGCAGUAGCAGACGUAGAGCCUGAAGCAGACCCAGAACCGGAAGCGGAAGCGGAGCCAGAGCCAGAACCGGAGCCGGUGGUAGAACCGGUGCCACUAACUGAUCUGUCAGACGCAAAACCAGAAACAGUUCAAACGCCGGUAGAAGCUGAACCUUCUUCAUCUAAAGUAGUCUCCGAACCUCCGCCAGUAGGAAAUCAAUCUCCAAGUCCUCUAAAGUCAGAAGCUAGAAGUGGUAAAAAAAGGGCUCACCCUGACGACUAAUAGGUGCUUAAAGGGUAGUGUAGAGUAGUUGCUUGGACCUGGAAGAACCAACCCACCCCCACGUUCACCCAGGAAUUCCUUCGGAUGAAGGUGGAUGAGACAAUGCUUGUGUGUUCAUUUAGAGACCCCACGAGACUAAAUUGAGGUCUAGGAAAUCAAGUUUGGGGUGAAAUUUUUCCAAAAAUAAAAGUUGUACGGGCCUUGCAAUGUUUCUGCGCUACUUUCAUCUGUGGGUGAGCCUGGAGGUCAAUUCUACCUGGCGAUGCUUGCACAUAGCAAAACAUUGGAAACCAUGAUUAAGGUGGCCCUCCUUGGGACUUACAAAUGAGCACAGUUGUAAAUUGAACAUUCCGCCCACACAUAGGUGUCUACAUCGUGUUGUGCGGACUCUGUAUGAAAGUGGAGAUUUUUUUCUCCAGGAAAUACUCUUUAAUGUCAAGAAUUUUAAGGUAA